AUGGGUUUUAUGUAUAUCCGGGCCUAUGGCUACAGUUUGAAUGCCCAAUAUAUUGAGGAAGACGACGUCAGACACCCACACAUGAAGUCUUACAAAGCCGCGCUAACUGGGGAGCCUUUGACGGAUUCGGAUUGCGAACACUGGCUUGAGGCCAUCUGGGAGCAAGUCUCGCGCAACGAAAAGGAGCAUGUUAACCAGCGCCAUCUCAUCAUCACAUGCUCAGCAUUGAAGCGGAGUUAUCGCGAACAGCUAAGGCAAAGCUGCCACCAUGCUGGCUAUUCAGUUGUGCACUUUGUCUGGCUCGACGCGCCAGAGCCCGAGCUGCAGCGCCGAGCAGAGGCUGAACUUGGUCAAUCUUCCGAGUUAAAUCUGAUACAUAGCCAGUUUGAAACACUUGAGCGACCUGGAAUUGAAGAAUCUGACGCCACGAUAAUCAGUGUGGUUCCUCCCCUGGAAGACGUCCAAAAUGCAGCGUUGGAUGCUGUGUCAAAGGCAUUUGUCGACAAGGGAGUGCAUAAAUAA